GUGUUUUUGUACGAAAUGAGUGGGGCUACGGUUCAUGAAGGCCCAAGAAAGGGUCUCGUAUUUGAGUCCAGAGCACAUGAUUAUUUGUAUGAUUCUGCGUACAUAGUGUCCGGCGCUCGCGACUACGCAAGGACUGUGUUCAAAGCCGCCAUGGGUUCUGCACAACCGAUAAUCCAACCAGUGUACAAGACAAUGUUUUCGGAAUUGAGAAAGUAUCCAAGAAUGCGAGUUGUGCUCCAUCAAAAUUGCCGGCUGCCAAGCCACCUGGACAGAUCUUACAACGCUUACCUCGCCAGAGUUGAGCAUGCCACAGUUAGUCCCAUGCCAAGUCUCACGGGAAAGGAUCGAUUCAAGUUUUGCACUCUGCCCAAGAAAAUUACGACGGCAAUGCAGACUGUAUCCCCGGAAUUUCAUCCGACGUCUCCCGUUCCAAUCGCAACUGAUUCUGGUAAACCCAAAAACAAGGGCACUCAGAGUUUGUACAGGGAAUCCUCAGCCCAGACAAUACCAUGGCAGCCAGACGCAAAGCCAUUAAAUGACCAAAAGGGCACGCCCGAGGUUCUUUACUUGGACAAACUAGAGUGGGGACCCGGGGAUCCAUAUCGCACGGGUGACCUUCCAGCUGACUUUCAUACUACUGAAAUAAUUAACAAAAUGCGCCACGCGAGGAUUUGGACUGAAGUGGUGGAGGCAGGUGUUUUUCCACGUUGGAUGAAAAACAGAAACAAUAUCAUUCAAGACAUUGAAACUAAGGAUUGGGUAUUUAGAGAGGCUGAAAUCGAUGAACUCCAAGACAUUCGCCUGACCCUCCUCCACAAACUACAGUUAGAACAGCGGCUGAAUAAGUGCAAUAAAACGAGCUUGAAACUUGCCAAGAGAUGGGCCGAGAGAAAAAAGGAGAUGGAAACCAAGAUUGAUCUCAUAAGAAGAACGAGAGAUAGAGAACUCCGCAAGUUAACCGCUCUCCACGGAGGCGGAGGUCACCAAGGUCAAGUACAGCGCCUACGGUCAUCACGCGGCAUGGGAUCUAUCACUAAAGCCGUGUUUGAUCCCACUUCCGACACGUACGCACCAAUUGUUAGACAUGGGAUCCAGGCGCGAUUGAAGCAGACAGAGAUUACUUAUGAUCCUUCGUUGCUACUACUGGAAGACCACAAAGCAAUAAACGCAGUUCCAAAGUGGCUCUUGGAGUGCGGUCAAGACUUAAAGAAGACCUGUUCUGGACACCCACUUCCUCGCGACCCCAUGGUUCUCUGUGAACGAGAGACCAAGUGGAGUGAGAAGUUUCUAGAAGUACUGCAUGAAGAUCUUAGAAAAGCCCGUCUCGGCGCUGCAAUGAUAUCAGCGGGUCCACUUCACGUGUUGAAGCCACGUCGUUUACUAGAAACACCCCGCCCAGUCACGCCUGAGGUGGACGCCAUCACUGAAGCCGACGAAGAGUGCCAUCAAUCUGCAUUGAUAUUGCAGAAAAUAAUCAGAGGACGCGCUGUGCAGUGUCUGAUGUACGAAGGGCGUACGCGUGCCGCCGAACUGACUGAAGAGUUGAAGACGACACACGGCCUGCAGAAGGAGGACAAGGUUCGAAUUGCCAUGGAGGAAGCUAAAGCCAGAGAUUACAAUGCACUAAGAAAUGAAACUGAACAGAAGGAUGACGCUGUGACCGCGUUAGUGGACGAGCUGUGCGGCGGCGCUGUUUCCGCGGCUUUAGACUUCCUUGAGAAAGAACUGCGAAGACUUAAAGAGGAGCGGCGGCAACAUGCUUUUAUACUUGUUGCAUUGCGCGAAAAGCAGAUGCGAGAAGCAGCAGAAGCUGGUCGUAGACAGAAAGAAGAACAGCGACGCCGAGAACACGACGAAAUGUUUAAACAGGUACUUGGUGUAACUCAAGAAACAGUAGAAGCGUACUUGCAAUCGAUAAUAGAGGAAGGCGUGACCAUGGGAGCCGAGGAGGAGGGCCAGGAACGAGCCAAGCUGCAGGCGGAUAAGAUUGAUAAAAUCAACAAGGAACAUGAAGGAAUGUCCACGGCAGAAACGAAUGAACUUGUGGCCGAGUUAGUCCAGCAGUUCCUUCUCCCCGACGCGCAUAAGGCGGCAUCUCGGAACCAGAUCCAAAAGGUGCAGCAGGCCAAACUCGAAGCCGCCAGGAGGACCAUAUUCGGACUGCUUGAUCAAGCUGAGAUACAGCCUCCGGCAACCUGCAUCCGUUGUGGUACUCCACUGGACGAGCUUUGUCGCUGUACUCGAUGCCAGAUCGUCAUGCCGCCCAAGGAGACCACCUCCAGAGAUGAUCCCCGCUGGAUUUAUUCUCGGCGUCGUAUUCGUCCACCCGAGAAAACCAUGGCGGAGCGUUACCCCUCAUACCACGAAUUCAGGUGUAUGCUCAACGACCUUCUUGAUGACGUUGUCACCAAAGUUAAGCAACGCCGGGCUGAGAGAAAAGAAGUGAAAUUUGAAUACGACAAGCACUUUAAAGAAGAAUUGGCGAAACAGAUCGAAAUCAAGGAGUUGGUCAAUUACGUGUUCGAUGUGGCAACUGGAGCGAUAAUUCUACCAGUGAAGAAGAGUGACUACCGCUACGUGAUGCGGCACAUCCGACAGGACGCAAUUGAGAGGACCGAGGAACCAUACAAAGUGCCAUGUUCGAAAAUCCUGCCUUCAGAGAUACGCCGCCGGGUCGAAAAGGAAGAGGCCGAGAAGGACCCGUACUGCAAGUGCGUCACGCCGCCCAUGGUUGACAAAGAAGAAUACGGCGAAAACGAAGAGAGUGAAGAGUCCUUUGAUCUGAACAAUCCCGAGCAUCGGAAGAUUCUGCUACCAUCAAAGCUGCGAGCACUCGAGGAGUUGCGCAAGUGCAAGUGCGACACCAGCCGUGAGUCCAUGAGCCAUGACAGCUGGUUUGGUAGCCUAGGUACCAGCCAGACUACUGACUCUUAUCUGGAUGAACACGUUGUAGACGAAGAUGGAAUAAAGAACUGACGGUCUGAGCUUUGGAGACCAUCGACAGUGCCCAAUCUUUUCAAGCACUACCUACAAGUACAUCCGGUAGCAAACGUGCAUGGAAAUCUGUACUUUCAAUAUUUUACUGCAUCGUAUUGUUUACAAGUAUAAUACCGUUGAAUUUAGUAGGCACUUGUUUUCAAUCAACUUGUUUGUAUGGCCUUAGAAGUCUCGGUAUGAGUUAGGUUGGGUGAGCCGUACGUAAACGGAUUUAAAGUAAAAGUAUAGUUUCAUUGUUUGUUAAGUUGGAUGGUCACCCGUGGCUUACCGUUAGUGGCGCGAUUUGUCAACUAACUUAAAACUAAUUCGAUGUGCUUUAAAUAAUAAGGGCUGUACGUGCCCCGAUUCCUUUACCGUGUCCGUGGCCCGUAUACUGUACGUGGCCCGUACACAACUUGCUAUUUAAUAUCGUAUAAUUUAUGUUCUUCUCUACCCUAAAUAUCAAAAAAUGAAUAUUAAACAACAUCACACGUUGAUACCAAAGUACAUUACUAAAGCUCUUGUGUCAUGAAAAUAGGAAAUGACGACGAUACCACAAACACCCACACGCGGGACUAUAAUAGAAAAGUUGGUUUGUUGAUCCGGCCGGGGAUCGAAUCCGGGACCUCAGAGGUGGCGACACAUGACAUGUAAACCACUCUAUAUGAAUUUAUAUAGUGUGUACUAAUUUAUGUUCUAUACCUUGAGAAGUAAUUGACAAUGUUUCUGUCUGCUUGUACUGAAUAAACGUUUUAAUCUUAUCCUGUGGCAAUUGCUUACUUAACGGUUUGAAAUAAAACAACAUGAUUAAUUAAUGUAUAUAUUAUUUAUUUUCGCGAAAUUACACAAGUGAUCUUCAAAGUCCGCGCCUAAACUUAAUGGUGCUUAUUCUAUAAUAAUAAUAAAUAUCUUUUUUUUUUCUCCACAACACAAAACAAAGAAACAUUACAGUAGAGAUGCAUAUUAUUACAUAUGCUUAGAGUAAUGUACUGUGGGAGAUUGGAGCCCAAACUAAUCAGAGCCUCUGACAUACAACAAAAAAUAUGUGUGAGAACAACUAACAAGUGUUUUUCUAAGUCCUCGUUCACUAUCCGUGUAAGAGCUCGGCUCUUGUUAGUGUAGUAAAAAGCAAAGCAAAAGCAUCUAUGCUGAAAACACAAUCUUUGACUCCGAUACGACGUGGACCUCGCUUUUCAUUUGAAUUGCUCAAAGUAACAUUCAUGUUCUCAAUUGCUUUCGUCCACGCUGUUACUUCAUUCAAGUUUUUGUGACAUUGCA